CGCCAGUAUCAGGCACGCGACCUGAGCAUCGCCGUUAUCAGGCUAGCCCAGCGUCUGAGACUACCAGCCUCGCCCCACGACUCAUACCCGGCACGGGCAUCAUUUUAUUCCCACAUCACAUCACCCAUCACUUCCGCCCAACAUGCGCUCCAACAGCAUCAGCUCCAUCUCGUCCCUCUCCAGCCGAGCCUCGUCAGCCGAGCCGGAGCCGACUAUGCAGAUCUUUGUCAAGAAUGUCGCCGGUGACACAUUCCCCAUCACUAUCCCCGAGUCCACCACCGUCGGCACCCUCCGCUCCCUGGUCGCCCUCCGAACCAACACACCCGAAGCCAAGCUCCGUGUGACGCAUGCAGGGAGCCACCUUAGCGAUCUGACCGCUACACUCUCAUCCUACAAUGUGACCCGAGAGUCCACACUGCACAUGGCCCUGCCAAUCCGUGGCGGCGCACCCAAGAAGAUCCGCUGCAAUUUCAAGGAUUGCAAAGACGCCGCCCAGCGCAUCGUCGGUGACUGCGGUUUCUGCCAAGGUCACUUCUGCGGCAGGCACCGCAUGUUGGAAAGUCACAACUGUACCGGUCUUGAAGACUGCAAGCAGGAGGAGAAGGACCGCAACAAGGCCAAGCUCGAGAGCGAACGGACUGUCGCUAUCAAGGGUAUCUAGGAUCGCUCUUUGCAGCAGUGAUCGGUGGGUUUGCAGAUUUUACUUCACAGCGAGCGUCUGGUUUCAGCACUUGCAUUUGUAUUGCAUACAUUGAGGACAUCGUGUGAGCAGGCUUCGUGGAACAGGCACGCGAGCUGAUGGGAGGAUUAAUACCAUGGCUUAGAUGGGUUAUGGCAAGGUUCUGGCUUUUUGGGCAUUAGCGGAGUAGGCGGGAUGGGAUGGUCUGGACUUGGGGCUUUCGGGAUUGUUCAGCCAUGAGCGAGGCGUAAUGUUUUGGUCAGGCUUCUUCAUACAUGCGUACAGAGAGCUCGAUGAGCAUAUU